ACAGAGAGAGAGAGAGAGAGAGAGAGAGAGAGAGAGAGAGAGAGAUCCAAGUCAAUGUUCAAAGCUUUAGGGCCGCGAGAAAAAUCAAAUACCCGAACAAUUCUUCACUCAUCUUCGCUGUUUUAUGACCAUCCUUGUAGAUAUAUAAAUAUAUCUCACCUCAUAGUUAUUAAACAAGUUGUAUUUAGCUGAAUUUUGUUUUUAACUUUCUGGGUCUGGUCUUUUGUGUUCUAUAGUUUUGGUGCUUUAAGAUAUUGAGAGAGAUUGUACAAGCUGGAUUGGUGCGUUGUGGGUAACGUCUGGUUUGUCUGAAUCUGUGUGAGCCUUUUCUUUUCUGUUUAUGUCAAUCCCUCUUGGCCUCUCUAUUUGGAUUCUGUUCCUUCAAGCUGUAUUUGGUGAAGUUCUUCUUCAACCUCUUUUCUGAACAAUUUUUCUUGGUUAUAUUGUUUUCAAACAUAAUUACUGUAUUUUAGAGCUUUUGGGUUGAACCCUUUUCUGGGUUCUAUUUCUCUGAAGGAUUAUCCAUUUAUUCCUUUGGUGGGUGUGAAAAAGCUUUGUUUUUCUAGGGGCUUUGAGGUACUGGGUAUUGUUCCAGGGUCGUUUUGCUCAAAGGAACUGCUUUAUCAGUGAGAAAUUGCCAUUGGAAGGGCCAAAUCUUGGAGUUUUUGGCGGGUCUGUUUCUGUUGUUGUGAUUACAAAUUUGGGUUAGUUGUUUGAGCUAUUACAAGUGAAAGAGACAGAAUGAGAACUGGUAGACAAAAGAAGCUACAUUUCAGCAAGCUCUACACAUUCAGAUGUGGGAGAGCAGGUUUCAAAGAUGACCAUUCACAGAUUGGGGGACCAGGGUUCUCAAGAGUGGUUUAUUGCAAUGAACCAGAUUUUGAGGCCAGUACAUCUAAUUAUGCAAGCAAUUAUGUGAGGACUACAAAGUAUACUAUUGCAUCAUUCUUGCCUAAGUCCUUGUUUGAGCAGUUCAGAAGGGUGGCCAAUUUUUACUUCCUUGUUACUGGCAUCUUGUCCUUCACAGAACUUGCUCCUUAUUCUGCUGUCAGUGCUAUUCUCCCUCUAAUCUUCGUUAUAACGGCAACGAUGGUGAAAGAGGGUAUUGAAGAUUGGCAGCGAAAACAGCAGGAUAUCGAGGUGAACAAUAGAAAGGUUAAAGUACACCGUGGUAGUGGAGUUUUUGCCAACUCUGAAUGGAGGCAUCUGAAAGUGGGUGACAUAGUGAAGGUGGAGAAGGAUGCAUUCUUUCCAGCAGACCUUCUCUUGCUUUCUUCCAGCUAUGGGGAUGGAAUUUGCUAUGUUGAGACCAUGAACCUUGAUGGGGAAACAAAUUUGAAACUAAAGCAGGGAUUGGAAGCAACUUCAUUUUCAAAUGAGGACUCUAACUUCCGAGAUUUUAAGGCUGUUGUUAAAUGCGAAGAUCCAAAUGCAAAUUUGUAUUCAUUUGUUGGAAGUAUGGAGUUUGAAGAAAAACAGCAUCCUCUUUCUCCUCAACAGCUUCUCCUUAGAGAUUCUAAACUCCGGAAUACAGACUACAUAUAUGGGGCUGUUAUAUUUACCGGUCAUGACACAAAGGUUAUUCAGAACUCCACUGAUCCCCCUUCAAAGAGAAGCAAAGUUGAGAAGAAAAUGGAUAAAAUUAUCUACUUCUUAUUUGGCGUCUUGUUUAUGAUAGCUUUGAUCGGAUCAGUCUACUUUGGGAUUGUGACUGCAGAUGACCUAGAUGGUGAUAGGAUGAAAAGGUGGUAUUUAAGACCAGAUAAGGCUAAAAUUUUCUUUGAUCCCAAAAAAGCCCCAAUUGCUGCAAUUUAUCACUUCCUGACGGCCCUGCUGUUAUAUAGUUAUCUGAUCCCAAUCUCCUUGUAUGUGUCAAUAGAAAUUGUCAAAGUUCUUCAGAGCACUUUCAUCAACCAAGAUAUUCAUAUGUACUAUGAGGAAACUGACAAACCAGCGCAUGCCCGCACCUCAAAUUUAAAUGAGGAACUUGGCCAAGUUGGCACAAUACUUUCGGACAAGACCGGCACAUUGACUUGCAAUUCCAUGGAAUUCAUUAAGUGUUCUGUUGCCGGGACAGCUUAUGGCCGCGGUGUCACGGAAGUUGAGAAGGCUAUGGCGAAACGAAAUGGAUCUCCAAUCGUAAAUGGUAGGGACAUUGUUGAGGAAUCUGCUGAGAGUAAUACAAAAUCACUUAUCAAAGGCUUCAAUUUUAAGGAUGAAAGAAUUAUGAAAGGGAAUUGGGUUAGGGAGCCACAUUCUGAUGUCAUACAGAAAUUCUUUCGUUUAUUGGCAAUCUGUCAUACAGCCAUACCUGAAGUUGAUGAAGAUACAGGGAAUGUGUCAUAUGAAGCUGAGUCACCAGACGAGGCAGCUUUUGUGAUUGCAGCAAGAGAAAUUGGCUUUGAAUUCUUCAAGAGGACACAAACUAGUGUCUCGGUGAAUGAGUUGGAUCCUGUUUCAGGCAAAAAAGUUGAAAGGGUAUACAAACUUUUGAAUGUUUUAGAGUUUAACAGCACAAGAAAGAGAAUGUCUGUGAUAGUGAGAGAUGAGGAGGGGAAGCUAUUAUUACUCUCUAAAGGUGCUGACAGUGUCAUGUUUCAAAAGCUUGUAAAAAAAGGAAUGAAAUUUGAAGAGGAAACCAGGGAACAUGUGAAUGAGUAUGCUGAUGCUGGUUUGAGGACCCUAAUACUUGCUUAUCGUGAUCUCAAUGAGGAAGAAUACAAAGAGUUUAAUGAGAAAUUCGCAGAGGCCAAGAACUCAGUCAGUGCAGAUAGGGAGACAUUGAUGGAUGAAGCGGCUGACGAGAUUGAGAAGGAUUUGAUUCUUCUUGGUUCAACAGCGGUUGAGGACAAACUCCAACAAGGGGUGCCCGAGUGCAUUGACAAACUCGCCCAGGCAGGUAUAAAAUUAUGGGUUUUGACUGGAGAUAAGAUGGAGACCGCCAUUAACAUUGGCUUUUCUUGUAGUUUGCUUAGACAAGGAAUGAAGCAGAUAAUAAUAAACUUGGAGACACCAGAAAUUAAAGCCCUGGAAAAAGGGGGAGAAAAGGAUGCUAUUGCCAAGGCUUCAAGGGAAAGCGUCUUCCAGCAGAUAAGGGAAGGGAAGGCUGAGCUUACUGCAUCAAGGUCUGAAGCAUUUGCUCUCAUAAUCGAUGGGAAAUCGCUUGAAUAUGCUCUGAAAGAUGACAUGAAAAAUUAUCUUCUAGAACUUGCAAUUGGCUGUGCGUCUGUAAUUUGCUGCCGUUCAUCACCGAAGCAGAAGGCACUGGUUACCAGACUUGUUAAAUCUGGGACUGGGAAGACAACAUUAGCAAUUGGUGAUGGAGCCAAUGAUGUGGGAAUGCUUCAAGAAGCUGAUAUUGGGAUCGGAAUCAGUGGUGUUGAAGGAAUGCAGGCUGUCAUGUCAAGUGAUAUUGCAAUUGCUCAGUUCCGAUUUUUAGAGCGGUUGCUUUUGGUGCAUGGACAUUGGUGUUACAGAAGGAUCUCAUCAAUGAUAUGCUACUUCUUCUACAAGAAUGUCACAUUUGGCAUCACAGUGUUCUUAUAUGAGGCGCAUACGUCAUUCUCUGGGCAACCUGCGUACAAUGAUUGGUUUUUGUCCCUGUACAAUGUCUUCUUCACAUCUCUUCCGGUGAUUGCCUUAGGGGUUUUUGACCAGGACGUAUCUUCACGAUUUUGUCUAAAGUUCCCUUUACUGUACCAAGAGGGUGUUCAAAAUCUCCUCUUCAGCUGGCGUCGAAUACUUGGCUGGAUGUUCAAUGGGCUUUGCAGUGCCGUCAUUAUCUUUUACCUCUGCACAACAGCACUAGAUCCCCAGGCCUUCAACAAGGAUGGAAAAACUGCUGGAUAUGAAAUCGUGGGGACAACAAUGUAUACAUGUGUUGUUUGGGUUGUGAACUGCCAGAUGGCCCUUGCUAUUAGUUAUUUCACCUUCAUCCAACAUAUCGUCAUCUGGGGUGGAGUUGGUCUAUGGUAUCUUUUCCUCUUUGUAUAUGGAGCCCUUUCUCCAUCGUUUUCUACCACUGCUUACCAAGUCUUAGUCGAAGCCCUUGCCCCAGCACCCUCCUUCUGGGUAGUAACACUCUUCGUGGUGAUCUCCGCAUUGAUCCCUUACUUCGUAUACAAUGCAAUUCAGGUACAGUUCUUUCCAAUGUACCAUUCCAUGAUACAGUGGAUAAGGCGUGAGGGACAGUCAGAUGAUCUUGAAUACUGCAAUAUGGUGCGUCAGAGAUCAAUAAGGCCAACUACUGUGGGUUUUACAGCACGUUCACUUGCAAGAACGAAUCCCUUGGAAGGUAGGAAUCAUAGAUAAUGUUAUCAGGUGCAUGCUUUCAGCCACUGAAGACUCUGCACCCACGACACUUCUGUAAACGGAAACUCUGCCCAUUGUACAUCUUUACAUUAUGGGGAUGCUUCUACUAAUAAUUUUACCCCAUCGGUUACUAGUCUAUAACGUCUGUACAUUAGCAGAACUAUGGCAGAAAAAGACCCCAAAAGCUUGUAAAUUUUGGUUGUUAGCAAUACUAGGCUACAUUUUUAUUCUUUCAUUAUGUAUCUUGUGCAAUUGGGGAGAUUUACAGCUUACAGAAGUGGUAGAAUUUUGUUGUAAUGCGGUUAUUUGUAAGAGAUUAGGGUUCCCUGUAUGAUCCUAUAUCCAUUUUCAUAUUUUCUGUACUCAUAUUGUGUACAGUUAGUUUUUUGUGAACAAUAAAGCAAUGAUGAUGCUUGGUGCAA